AAAAUAGGUUUUCUGCCACAGUUUUUCGUGUCAUUGUCGUGAACAUGAAUCUUCAUUCUUCUGACCAAUGAGAGUCUGCUGGUGCCUCCACCAGUAGAUCUUACAGCCAAACAAACUUCUUUUAACCUUUUUUCACAUCAUGUAGUUCUGAUGUUCAGAACCCACAGAGACGAUGAACACAAUGAAACUUUGACAUCAAUCUGAUCUCUGUGCUCUCUGAUUCCUCAGGCAAUCAGGCUGAACAAGCUGUUCCUCAGACGAAUCACAUCCAGGUCCACAGAUAUGGUUUCAGUUUCAUAUCAACAAGAAGGACAGCAGCAGAGCUCGGCUGGCUCAUCAGAAGAUAAACCAGGACUCCUGUGUGUUCAGUUGGGACGCUGCAGGUUUAGAACAGAGCAUUUUGUCGAUAAAGUAUCAGCUGUGACAGGAAUAAGCGGAAGCUGCUGUUUUGACAUGAUGUUGAAAAUGUUUGGCUUUUACUCUGCAGUUAAUGGAUUUCUAAAAGGAUGCAGAAUAAAAUAAAAGUCAGAUUGCUUUUCCGGUUAAAACUCUUUAUGAUGACCAACAUCCGCAAUGUUCACAUUUGGAAAUGAUCAAACGUUUUGUUCUUUUCAUGCAUCUGACAGUUGUUGAACACUUUUCUUGAGGCAUUUGGUUUGUUUGGUGGUCUUUUGUGUAAUCUUCGCUUUUCACUGCAUUUGUAGAAAUCUCCAUGAAUCAGUGAAAUAGGACAAAAGUCCAUCUUCUGGAGGAAUGUUGCUUCCUGUCAUUGAUACACAAAGACAUUGUGUUCCGGUUCCUCUUCUGCGAUGAGUCGGGAUGAGCUGUGAGGGAUGUGAUCUUCAGGCUGGGUGGAGUUUGGAUCUAUUUAAGCGGCACUGCCUCUCGGGUUCUUCACGGUCAUGGCUCUUUCUUGGAUUACCAUGUGGACGCGUUGCCUCCUCUUUUUUGGAGUGCUAGUGGUUCAAGAUCAAGUUUCAGGCUCAUCUUCAUCAUCAAUGCAGUCAUCCUCAUCAGCAGAAUCAUGUGAUACAUAUUUCCUGGUUACAGUUCCUGCAGUCCUUCAAGCUGGAACCAAGACUCAGUUCUGUGCAAUUCUUUACGAGCCCGGCGAGUUCGUGGUCAUGACCGUCCAUCUGAAAUCUGAGGACAGUAGCCAGACGCUGCUGAAGAAGGGAACCAGCAACAGCUUCAUGAAAUGUUUUUCAUUCCAUGUUCCCCUUGUGGAAAAAUGUGAAAUCCAGCUGUUUGAGGUAAAAGUAGAAGGACCGACGGUUUACUCAAAGGAGGUCAAAAAAGUUCUCAUCAAGACUGUCAAACCCCAAACGUUCAUCCAAACAGACGCAGCCAUCUAUAAUCCUGGACAGACAGUGCGUUUCAGAGCGGUCACUCUGAACAGAGACUUAAAGCCUGUCGAUGAAAAGUUUGACUUUGUUUUAGUAAAGGAUCCUCACAACGCCAUCAUUGGACAGUGGGUGAACCAACAGACUCGCCGGAACAUUCUGGAGCAAUGCUUUCAGCUGAGCUCUGGAGCCUCAGAGGGAUACUACAGGAUAGUACUGAAAGCAGGAAAAGAGAGGUUCUAUCAGAGCUUCAAAGUGCAGAAGUUCUCUUUGCCCAAAUUUGACAUCAAAGUCACCAUACCAAAGGAGAUCAGUAUUGGACAGGAGCAUUUUGAGGUGGAAGUUUGUGCAAAGUCCAGAUGUGGUAAACCGGUGACAGGAAGCGCCGUGGUGACCGUGUGCCGCCCAGUCCAAAACCGCAUUCAUUGUUCUUCUGUUGUCACGUAUGAAGACCACAAGCAUCUCCAAAGAACGUCUCUGUGCACCACCAAAACAAAGCAGUUGUGUAGAUCCGGCUGUGCCACUUUGAAGUUUGAGGUUUCAGCUUUCACUGGAACUGACCCAGAAGCUUUUUUCGAUGUGUUGGACGUCAGCGCCACCGUGAGAGACAAGUUUACAAGCAAGUACCUUUGAAAACCUGUUUUUAAUUUGGUUC